UUUAGAAAUAGAUAAGAUUGAAAGCCACAUGUCGCUAUUACGGAAAGGUGGCCAACUGUUGAAUUCAGUCCCGUGUUCAGCAGCCAUGAUACGCGCAUGUAUUUUCGGUCUCCUUAUUGGUGUUUCACAGGCAUUCCUGUUCGAUUUCGGAACCAGCAACUGGAAUGGUCUUAAAGUGACGUGGGACGCCAACAUCUUCAGCUCCCGGGCCUUCAGCAGCCUCCCCAGGACGGAGUCUGACGCCAAGCGGGCAGGGUUCACCAUGAUCUCAGACUGUGGAGCCAAAUCAAACUUCGCCGGCAAGCGUUAUGUGUUGUCGGGCGACACCGCCGUCGUGCUGUUGUAUGACGUCAACGGCUACAUAGCCGGGAUCCAGGCAGGGUUCCCUGCAACACUUCAGAACGGCUACCCCCACGCUCCUCUGAAGAACCACCCUUUUGUCAUGUCCGACGGGAAACAAUACAUCACAGCCUACUUCGUGGAUCCAAGCACAAUCUGCAGCAAGGGCAGGACCAGCAAUUUGUUUAACUCGGAGGGUACCGGAACUGACCUCUUUAUCCAGAAUGGCACCACCCCCUCCCAGAUACUGAAGAUACCCCACAAGGAGACCGACGUGCAGAAGACAAUGUGGACCAAGGGUCAUUGCUUCCCUACCAUGGGGGUGCACUAUUGGUACAACAUACGGAAGGACAUGAGCUGUGAUGAGUUCUACCCUGUAUUCCUACUCUACAAUGGCGGAAAACUGAACGCUUUCGGAUGGGCUUUCAACGCCGACCUGUCUUCCACUCGCUUCGAACAUCCACCAUUGCUGUCAUUUGGGGCCUUCUUGAACCCAGUACCCGACUGUCUGAGCAAGGAGGGGCGUCUCUCAACCAUGCACAUCUAUCUUACAAGCCGCCCGGAGCUGGACACAUGUUGAUUGGUCAACAACGUAUCACGUGGCCAAGGAAAACCUUUUUCUCAGGCACACAUUGUACACGUUCAGCAAUAAAGGUGUUUGGUAUGGUAUACAAUAAA